AAGACUCUUCUGGUGCUAUGAAACGUCCAUACUCUGAGAUUAAAGAUGAGAUCACAAAAUUUAUUGAUGAUAACCUCAAGAAAAUUAAAACAGUUGAAUUAUCUAUUCCAGGAUGGUAUUCAUGCCCAGCAACCCAUACUGAAACAGAGAAGGGAAAGAUGAUACGUCUGGUUGGUGAAGAAUUUGUUCUUCCAUUUACUCUUACAGAUUUAACUUUGGGUAAAAGGCACAGGACUGGUUUGUUCAAGAAAAAAUUGAUUCCAAUAGCCCAGAAAGGAGAAAAUAUUGUGCAAAAACACUUUAUUAAUGAAUGCAAUGUUAUAACAAGAUCAUUUGAUGAAAUACAAUAUGUUCUAUAUGAUGUACAUGAUUUUGCUCUUUUAGAUACACAAAAACCAGAUUUUGUCAUUUUAGAUGAACAGCACCCACUUGAUCCUCUUAAUGUUAUAAUGAUUG